AUGGCAGCAAGGACCCGACUUCCGAUUGAACUUCUCUCCAGAAUCAAUGCAUACACAGCGGACUGGGUUGGUCUCGAAAAUUUGUGCCAAGUCUUCCCUCAAGUGGAAAAGCUUUUCGCCGGUGAACCCAACAGCAAAGCAGACCCUGAAGCUAUUCGUCUAGUGGAAUCAAUCCUCAAUUUGAACCCUAUUAUGAGCCAUGAACUCCACCGCUACUUCCGUAUGACUAUGAAACUGCGCCAGCCUACCUUGGUAGAUAAAAGUGCUGCCAUUUUCAUGGCUCGGGACUAUUCUUUAUCAUCCAUGACAGUUUCUUCGUCGAUAACCCGCGCCAUGUUGCAGGAAACGGUGAUGAUCGCGGCCAACAUUCAGCGGCUGGCAUGUGUUUGCCUAAUUAUCCUGCUAACACGGGUUCGGGAGGUAAAACCUCGGCGCUGGGAGUUAGUUCAAAUGCCGGGCGAAGACUAUUCCAGAGUGACGGGUACCGUACCAUAUGAGCCACGCGACGCCGGCUCUCCUUCCUGGAUUGAGGAGUAUCGGGUCUACCACGCAUUAUGGCACCUGCAAUUGCAUUCCGAUCUGUUGAUCACUGCCAAAAGGCUAAAGUGGCCGCAAAGUGAUCCCGAGAAUUUAUGGUCCAACGACAUAGACUGGAAUCAGAAGCCCCCUAGAUCUGCAGAUGAGAUCCGCGCCAUAAGCGAAUGCCUGCAGGAUCUGCUCAGAGUUGAUACAGAUCAUACUCAAAAGCCCUCGGUCGAAGCGAAAAAUAGCGACGUAGCCUUGAUUACGAAGUUACCAAGUGCCACUCAACUGUCAUGCAAAUUUGACAUCUGGUCCCCUCCCCCUCCGCCCAUCAUUCUAGACUACCAUGCGCCUGACAUCCCUAAUGAUGUUUGGGGCCAGGGAACCAACAUGACCCAAAGGAAUCCCAUGGCCGGCCUUUGGCGGAUGUAUCAGCUUCGAACCAUAAAGUAUCCGAUCACACUUCAGGAAUGCAGCCUCCGGGAUUCCCGUCCCUGGCGUGCAGUGGGUAUGCCUAUUUGGGAUCUAUGGCGGCUCUAUGAACUAGGGCUAUGGGAAGCUCGGUGGCCUUGGAGGCCAGAGCCAGGACCAAUCUUGACUCCUGAUGGAGUGGAGAUUCCAGGAGGUGGUAAUCCUCCCAUUCAUGGAGACGACCUUGCUUAUCGCUUCUCUGUUUUCCUGAAGUCACGCAUACAAAAGGAAGUUCAAGAAGAAUAG